GGACGGCCAGGGAGGCGGCGCCGGCCGGCGGGGCGGGGGCCCCGAAGUGGGUUUCGGGCCGCCACCAGCGCUGGCACCGGGCGCAGAGGGCGGCGCGCGGCAGACUCCGCGCCUGGGCACCGCACGGGGCCGCCUCUGGCUCUGCCGCUCUGCCCCGGCCCGGAAAACCCGGCGCCUUCCAGGCCCUUCGAAAGAUGGAUUCUGUUGACGUAUCUGGCGGCCCUGGAGAGCCGGGUGGAAAGUUGGGUUUUGCCAGAUCGCGUUGGGCUCGCCUUUGUGACGCUCGGCCAGCCCCGCAACCUCCUGGAGCCGGGCUCCCACUGGCUGGUGAAGCUGGGUGGCUGCCUUGUUACCCUCCAUGGUGCCUAUGGGGCCUGACCCUCUGCUCUUUCCACAGUGAGAGUGUGAUGACCUCUGUAAUAACUGACCUUGGGUGGAGUGGCAUCAGAGGCGAGUGAUGGACAAUCUGCAGUCACAGAACCUCUCCAUGGACAUGACCGACUCCUCUCCUGCCUUGGCCAAUAACAGACUGGAGAACGGCAUGGCCCAGCUCAUCACCACCGAGGCCUGGAACAUCAACUCCACAGACCUGGUAAAGAAGGCCCUGGUGACGGUGCCGGCGCCAUCCAUUCUGAACCCCCCAGCCGAGUCCCAGAGUGGCAUGGCUCUAAAGGUGGCGGCCACCGUGCUGCAGCCCCUGUGCCUCGGGGAGACCCCAGUGGUGAUGCCCAUUCACAUGCAGGUGGAGGGGAGCUCCACGCCCGAGCUCAACCCUAACGGCAAUGCCACCUAUGUUAUGACCACACAGGGCCCCAUGCAGCUGCCCGUGGUGCUGGAGCAGCAUGUGUUUCAGCACCUCAACUCUCCUCUGGUCCUGCCACAGGAGGCCCCAUGCUCUUCGAGUGCCAUCCACAACAACCUCUUCCAGGCUGCUGAGGACCCCGAAGCCCAGCCCCAGCUCCUGGACUUACGCAUCCCCAGCCAGCCUCAGGAGCCCACGUUGCCAUUUGAAGCUGUGCUCCAGAAUUUGUUUCCCUCACAGGGUUCUCUGGGCCCCCCACCCUGUCAGCCUCCUCCUGGAUAUGCCCCGGUGCCCCCCCAGCCCUUUAACCCCCCCUUGUCUCCCCUGGUCCCACCAGCCACCCUCUUGGUGCCCUACCCUGUGAUCGUCCCCUUGCCUGUGCCCAUCCCCAUUCCCAUCCCCAUCCCAGUGCCUCAGAGUUCUGAGUCCAAGUUCAGCCCCAGUUUCUCCAAGCCGCCAUCUUCCUUCGGCCUGCACCCCUUUAAAGGCACCCAGACCUCUGUGGAGAAGGAGGAACUGAAGCCCUUCAACAUCCUCCAGCCCAAGGAGUAUUUUCAGCUCGGCCGCCACACGGUCAUCAAGAUGGGGAGUGAGAACGAGGCCCUGGAUCUCUCCAUGAAGUCAGUGCCCUGGCUCAAGGCUGGCAAGGUCACUCCCCCCGUCUGCCAGGAGGACGCAGCCCUAGACCUGUCGCUAGCAGCCCACCGGAAAUCUGAGCCUCCUCCUGCCACUCUGUAUAACAGCAGUAGGUCAGUGGACAGCCCGUGUCACAUGGUGAAGGAGAAACUGCCCAGAGGCAUGGAAAUGCCCUUUGUCCCUGCCAUGACCUAUGAGGCCUCGGCCAUGAUGAAUAGCCACAUACACAGCAACGACACUGCCCAGCUGCUCAGCCAGCCCAGACAGCCCUGCCAGCCCAGCAGUGAGGUGAAGGCUGAAAAUCACAUUGAGAUGGUGAGCGAGUCCCAGGCGCCCAAGGUGAUUGUCUCAGUGGAAGACGCCAUGCCUACCAUCUUCUGUGGCAAGAUCAAAGGGCUCUCGGGCGUGUCCACCAAAAACUUCUCCUUCAAAAGAGAAGACUCCGUGUUUCAGGGCUACGACAUCAAUGGCCAAGGAGAAGAGUCCAUGGGAAACACAGAGGCCCUUAGGAAAUCUGUAAAAAACCGGAGCAUAAAGUUCAAGAAAGUGAACUCCCAGGAAAUACACAUGCUCCCGAUCAAAAAACAACGGCUGGCCACCUUUUUUCCAAGAAAGUAAAUAAUGGCUUUUAAAAGUUUUUAUGAUUAUAAUAUGAGGAAAGGUGCAUUGGUUUUAUAAAAAGGCAUUUUAAAACAAAUUAUCUUUGUUAAUUAUUUUGGGGAGUAGUUGGGAAGCAGGAAGACAAAUUGGUUCCAGAGGCCUGUAAGCUAGUAUCAUUUUCUUUUUUAAUUUUUGACUUUUCACAAAUGAGUAAAUAAGAGCAACCUAUUUUUCAAGCAGAUUGCACAUUUUUUGCAGCUUUAAUGGAAUAUUGGGUGAAUCAGAGGGGUAAAAAAGCUAUUUUCAUUGCCACAAAGUGCUUUGAUGAUGUAAUACCUAAUAAAGGGUAGGAUGACUAUUUCACAAUAAAUGUUUGUUUGCACUAAUUGGUUGCAGCAUUCUAUCAUUUUUAAAAUUUGCAUUCCUUAACUGGCAUGGUUUGGCCCAAACUGUUGCUUGUAAAGCCCUACAAGUUCUGGCAAAAAAAGAAUCCCAUUGGCCUCAGCCCCCACAAAAGGACGAUUAGGAAUAUCUACGACUUUGAGCCAGUCACUUCCCCUUCUAGGCCUCGGUUUCUUCAUUUGUAAAAAUGUGGCAAAGAGGUUGGGGGUGAGGAGGUGAGUUUCCAGUUCCCGUUCACAGAGACUCUGGUGUGUAGAAUUCUGUCUAAACUUCCUGUAGACAAAAACAAAGGUCUCUAAAAAGGAGAGUCACCUGCUUCCUCCCCGCCCCACUCCCAGAAUGUAGCUGGAAAGGACCUUUUUCAAGGGCAAUAAGAGUGUUGUUCUGAAUGACUGGAAGUCUUGCAAGUCCAAUUUGCUGCCAGUGGAUGAGGAGAGGCCUCUUAAAUGUUCCCCGGCCCUGGGUCAAUAUUGGGGAGGCAAGAGAAAAUCAUUUCUUGUGAGUUUAGCCCAGUGGUUCUCACCUAGGGGGUGUUCAUGCCCCCCAGGGAACAUCUGGCAAUACCUGGAAAUACUUUUGACUGUCCCAGCUGAGGCAGAGGGCGCUAUUAGCAUCGGGUGGGUAGAGACCCAGAUGUUGCUAAACAUCCCACAAUGCGUAGGAUAGUACCCACCACAGAGAGUGAUCCCAAUCCAAAUGUCACUAGUGCCGAGGCUGAGAACCCCUGGUGAAGCCAUUUCUUGAUGGUCGGGAUGCACCUGGAUGGAGAGAACAGUACGCUGCUCUCUCUGGACAGCCUAAAGCCACCCACGCAAGAAAGGAGUAUUUCAAACAGACCUGCUCGGUGGCACAUCACACUGGUGUCUGAGGAAACUGUGCUGGCAAGAGACUGAUUGUGGCAUGCCUGCUUUUAAACUUAAAGCUCUUUCUUUCACUUCUUGCAAUUAGUAUGUAUCCAGCUGUUGCUGUGAACAUGAACAGGAGGAAAAGCAGUUUCGAGACUGUUCUUUUAUUACCAGGCCCUCUGUGUAUAGGAUUACAGCUUUAGCUGGUCCUGUACCAUAUACCCAGAAUGGCUUUUCUUUUUCCUGUGUCAUUAAAAUUUCUUUCUCAAAGUGUGACACGAUGGUAAAUAACCAAAUAGCUGUUUCUCGUUAGGCUAACUAGUCCCAUUCUAAGGCCCCAGCCAGACUCCAUCCUUUCAGCUUACAUAGUGCAGCCUUUUUCCAUUUUUACUCCCAUUGUGGGUUUCCUGAGCAUGGCAUGUGUAUUCUAGUUUCAAACACGGCCAGCACAAAGGUGCCUAGGGACUAGCGUUUCCCAUUCACCUGAGGUCUUCUCACUAUGUUUGCGGUCAUUUCUGCCCCUGCAGCAUUAGGCAGUCGCUCUACACCAGCCAGCAGAGCCCCUGGCCUCACAGCGCUCUGCCAAGAGCUGCUGCUUCUCCAGCUUCCAGGGAACAGAAUUCUCAAUUUGCCCUUCAGAAGCAAGGGUUUAAAGCUGAGUAGUGACAUACAGGUGGAAAGGAAGGCUUUGGUAGCUUGUAAUGACAUUAUGAAACCUCAAGCCACAGAUUUCUCUUGGUCGUAUCUGGCAAUGCACUUUUCCCUUCAGAUGUCAGCUCCAGUUGGAUGGGAAACGUUGGCUCCACAGCCAACCCUGGGUGUUGAGCUGCCGUGGUUCUCCCCACCCCAGCCCCAGGAUGGAUUCCUGCAACAGGCCUUCCCACCCAUGCGCCUUGCCAUUCAUCUCUGGGGGCCUCUGUGGAGAGACUGUUGUGGUGGGGACCAACUGUAGCGUUGCCCAUUGAGAUCUGUGAAGGCUAUACCCAGAGUGUUGUGUGUGGGGCCAGAGUUGUGCUACUGGGGCAGCGACAUCCUCUGUCUACUCCCUUUCCUAGCCUUUGCUGGAAACUGGAAUCCACUUGGCUACAUGCAGGCCCGGGACUCAGGAGAAAGACAAAGGGCUUGCUGUGACCAGAGUCACCCUAAGGUUCCCUGAUGGUUCAAUUCCAUGCUCCCUCCCCAGGCAGAAGCUUGCAGCCUUUCACACGAAACUUAAAUAAGAAUGGUCAGGCUGGAGCCAUGGUGCCCGGUCUGAGGUACGUGAUUCCCACAUGGCUCACAGAGUAGGCCACUAGCAAACUCAGGCCCCAUUUUGUUUCCGAUUGAUGCAGGCAGCUGUGGUCACUCUUGUCGCCCCGCUGCUCACAACUGUCGCCACCUAACCUACUUGCAGCUUUCAGCCAUGCAGGAUUUCCAUCAGGCUGUUGGUUUCUCAUGAUGUUAUUUCCCAUCUCUUCACAAAAUGCUAGGCUAACAAAAUGGGCCAACUAACCUAAAGAACAGCCUUUCGGAGUCUUUUAGGAAAUAGGAUUAGUCUGAGCAAAUAAAUGCUGAUAUUUGCUCAGACUUGUCAGAAUGGCUUCAGCUGGCUUCAGUUCAGAAAUGAGAAAAAAUUGGAAUAAGUUACAAAGAUCCAUAUUUGGGGGUACUGUUCCUCCUGGUAAAGUAAGAAUUAGUUGGUCUGGAGGAAAAAAGAGGAUGCAGUCACUGUCCUAACCAAGGAAGUCCUUGACACUGAGUAGAAAGUUCUAAAAUGAGGUCAGAUUUGUUUAGAUUCAAAGGCAAAACUCUCACACUUUAAGCAUGAAAAAUAUGUCUUCAGUGGUGAAAAUUCCAAACGGAAGGAAGGAAGGAAGGGAGGAAGGAAGGGAGGAAGGGAGGAAGGAAGGAAGGGAGAGAAAGGUAGCCAGUUACUGAGAGAGUAUGUCAAUGUAGUCAUUAUCUUCAUAAAUAGCAUAAAUACUAAAACAGGGCAGGAAAGGAUUCAGAUUCUCUUUUACAAGUGACGAAAUUGAGGUUCAGAAGGGUUUUCUGCUUUCAGUUUUUAAGCACCAACAACUCAAAAAUAUGUACUUUGUGAUGAUUCUUAAAUAUUGGGUUUGAAGCCCAAUGAACCCACAGGAAUUUGGAUCCUUUGGGGGCAAAAACCAGUAUAAAUUAGUGAAGAGUCUGAAUUACAGAUUUUUUUUCAAUUAUUUUCAAGACCAUUCCAGUUAACUGGAACGCCCAGAGCACUUGGCACAAUGGUAAAGGGGAGAUUUCGAGCUGAAGAUGGGGAUGCCAAGCCUCUGAAAGCCACACUCAAAAGCUGCUAAGUUGAAAACUUUAACAGCAGGGAAAAAAGCGUUGGAGAUCAUUCUGGCUGACUUUACUCCUCAUUAAAUACAAAAGGCAAUUUUCCAGAACAGCUCACUACCACCAGGUCAAAUAUCUGACCUCCCACAUCAGCGAAACAAAAUAGGGUGUAUUUGAGGUCCUUAGGGUGCCAUUUUAAUAAACCAGUAUUUUAUUUAAUUAACAUAUCGGUUGCUUUUAUAGUAAGUAGUAUAUAUGAGUGCUUGAAAGAUCUUGUUCCAAAAUGUUGCAAAUCCAUCUGCAACUAUUAUUAAACCAGGGGAUUUCUCAGCAAAGUGAGAUUUUAGCUAUGCCCUGCUGAAAUUAUGAACAAGUUCAAGGCAAUGAACUAUAGAGGUUUACUAUAUUAACGCAACUUUUAGGUUAUUUUCCAUCCAACUAUAUUCUAUAUAUACAUUCAAAUAAAAACGUAGGCCCACUCUGCUGAUAAAGAUGAUAAAGUUUGUCUGGAUACUGUCCUAAUGAACCCCUUCAUAUCAAUAGCACCUUGCUGGCAGUCCUGAGUGGUGUGGGGAAAUUUGGUUUAGUUAUAAUCGCUUCAAAUAAGGAACUUGAAGAACUUUUCUCAAUGCAGAAAUUUUCAUUAGCACACAUUUCCAGCCCUAUUAAGAAACACCACAAUGAACAGACCAAAUCCUUUGAGAGCAGGUACUGAAUCCUAAUUCUUUAUCUCAAGUUUUCUCCGCCUUGGUACUCUUGACAUUUGGGACUAGAUGGUCUGUUGUAGGGCACUGUCCUGUGCACUGUAGGAUGUUUAGCAGCAUCUCUGGGCUCAACCCAUGAGAUGGCAGUAGCACCCCACCCCCUGCUCCAAUUGUGAACAAAAACAACUUCAGGCAUUGCCAACUGUCCCCCGGGGGGCAAAGUCACUCCUGGGUAAGAAUAACUGCUUUAUCUCUAGUCUCUAUUACACCUGGCCCACAACAGGAGCUCAAAAAUUCUUGGAAAAAUAAAUUUAAUCAAGAAACAAUCAGGAAGAGAGAUCUGUAGCUGUGGUCUCUGGUGCCCCUCACAUAUGUCCUGGUUUACUACCAUGAGGCUGAUAUGACCAGGAAACUAUUAUUUGAAACCUCCACUCAUAAAUCCAAAGGGGCAUCACUCAUCCAGCAUGUAAUAGGGCUCUCUAGAAGCUUCUCCCUGAACGGGGAUUAGGAGGACUACACGUCACAGGAAGGGCAGCCGCUCAGCCAUUUCUGAAGGAAUGCUUCAUCAUUGUACCAUCACCAUGAAACUGGAAGAACCCAUUGUUCAAACGUCACCCCAUGAUGACUAUUCAUCAGUUUUAUGUCUAAGGGCAGCAUAACCCAGGCAUUUAUAAACAUUGCCAGGAAGUCGGGCGUGUUUUUUAUUUCCCUCAUGUUUUACCUAAAUCCCCUUGCUGUAAUCGAGCCCAGUUUUUUGUUUGUCCUUACUGGAGACAUAGGCCAAAUCUCGUCCCUAUUUUAAACACCAGAUCUUCCCACAACCUCCUUCCCUUGGACUCAAGAGUCCCAUCCCCUCACAUGCUCUCUGAGCUCCUCCUUUAUAAUCUUUUUGUCAUCUUGGUUGCUCUUUAUCCAAUUUCUCCAUCUACUCUGUAGAAUCAAGAACUCUAGGUACGAGAUGAAAAUGUUCUAAAAUUGAUUGUGGUGAUGGUUGUACAACUCUGUGAAUAUACUAAAAAAAACC